AUGGCUGACUCGAACGCUGAUGGCAUUCCCACCUUUACGAUCAUCCAGGCAGACGGACUGUAUCCGGAUGAUUCAGUCGAACAGCAGAUAUUCGCUCCACGUCCUGGACAGAAUUACAAACUCGACUUCGUCUCUACAGGGUUAUGGCCAACCGGUACGCCGCAGUCGAAGCCGUGGUCUGCCAUCCCAGAAGAGCUUCGCAACAGGAUAGACGGCAUCAUGGUGUUGAAGAUUGGCUUCACAGAGUCAGACGUAGAGCUGUUUCCAAAGCUGAAAGUUAUCGUGCGAAUGGGCGUGGGUUACGAUCGCCUUGAUCGUUCAGCCCUGGCAAAGAAAGGUGUGAUAGUUUGCAACGUGCCAGACUAUGGAACAGCAGAAAUCGCCGACCAUGCCAUUGGGCUCAUGCUAUCCUUGCGGCGUGGCAUCUUGCUACACAACGAACGACAACGAGCGACCCCUCCCGAUCCGUGGAUGCCCAUCGAAACACCUUUAGUCGCACGAUUGCAAAAGUCGACCUUCGGCGUGUUUGGUCUUGGGAGAAUUGGAACAGCAGCGGCGCUGAGAGCGAAGGCAUUCGGCUUCAAAGUGCUCUUCUACGAUCCGUACGUGCCCAACGGUGUGGACAAGAGCUUGGACAUUGAGCGAACCAAGGAUAUCAAAGAGCUUUUCAGGAGAAGCAAUGUCUUGAGCUUGCAUAGCCCUUGCACGCGAGAGACGCGGAACAUGAUCGGGUACGACUUGCUCUCGCUGUUGCCGAAAGGUGCAGUGCUGGUGAACACGUCUCGCGGAGAGGUGCUCAACCUGGACGGCGUCGAACAAUGUCUUCGAGAGAACAUCAUCUCUGGUGCUGCACUAGAUGUCGUUCCUAUCGAACCCAUACCCGAGGACAAUGUUCAUUCCCUGAUCAAGGCGUAUCGCAACAAAGAGCCCUGGCUGGAGGGCAGAAUGGUACUGACAUGUCAUACGGCGUUCUACAGCCCGGAAAGCUUCGUCGAUAUUCGAGUCAAGAGCUGUGAAACACUAAGAGAUGUGCUGAUAGAUGGUGGUAAGAGCAAUAUCAUCACGCCCGAGAUGGAAUGAGCGAGAUUUUCUGCUCCCUGCAUCAGUAUUGGACGCGAUGGACUGUUCUCCAGUCGCACUCAACAGACGUGUUAUAGUUUCCGAGUACCGUCCUUCAAUGGCCACAUAGCAAGCACGAUGUUCGCACCUCUGGUGCAUUGACGUACGGAUUACUGCAGCAAAUCGAGCGCGGGUCAGUGCAGACAGAUACAGUAAAGAUUCUUGACAAGUCAAAUGCUCCUCAAAUCGAAGACGGUAGCUGCAGGCACAGUGCCUCUCACUCCACUUCCCACGUUAUGCGCCUAGAGCAGACGGCAACGGGCUUAUCCGGCCUAGUGUGCAUACGAAUGCAAAUAAUUUGAGCACGGGUCUUGCAUACG